CGCGCAAAUAGCCAUGGGAUUGUCCUCUUUUAGUGGCAGUCAUCAUGGCGGCUCAAAUCAGCAAGAAAAAGAAGUUUGUUGCUGAUGGCGUAUUCAAAGCCGAACUGAACGAGUUUUUGACUCGUGAAUUAGCGGAAGAUGGUUACAGUGGUGUUGAGGUUCGAGUUACUCCCAUCCGAACUGAGAUCAUUAUCCUGGCCACCAGGACACAGAAUGUUCUGGGAGAGAAGGGAAGGCGCAUUCGUGAACUAACAUCUGUUGUACAGAAGAGGUUUGGCUUCCCUGAGGGAACUGUUGAGUUGUAUGCUGAAAAAGUGGCAACAAGAGGUCUGUGUGCUAUUGCCCAGUGUGAAUCUCUUAGGUACAAGCUGAUUGGUGGACUUGCAGUACGUAGGGCUUGUUAUGGUGUACUUCGAUUCAUCAUGGAGAGUGGUGCCAAGGGUUGUGAAGUUGUUGUAUCUGGAAAGCUACGUGGUCAGCGUGCCAAGUCCAUGAAGUUUGUCGACGGUCUGAUGAUCCACAGUGGAGAACCAACCAAUCAUUAUGUGGAUACUGCCAUCAGACAUGUCUACCUCAGGCAGGGUGUGCUUGGAAUCAAGGUAAAGAUCAUGCUUCCAUGGGACCCCACUGGUAAGACUGGGCCUAAGAAGCCUCUUCCAGAUCAUGUCAGCAUUGUGGAGCCAAAAGAGGAAGUGGUACCAGCCACCCCCAUGUCUGAACACAAGGGAGGAAAGCCUGAACAGCCUGCAGUACCUGUUAAUAUGUAGAGUUACCAGGUUUGAAUGAUUCAUUCAGCUGUUUUCCAUCUUGCUGUGUAAAAAGAUAAUUCUAAGAAUAGAAAAUAAACAACUCUCAAACAUACUGAAA